AUUUAGAUACAACCUCUGUACUUGUAUCUGUAAUUGUAAAGGAGUUUGAUUUGAGGAAAGCGGAAACUAAAAUUUUGAAUUAAAUUAGACGAAACAUGGCAGCCACAGCCACAGGCCAGCAGAAGGUGGAGUUGAUAAGCCAAGUGAAGCAGCAGAUCGCAUUGGCGAAUGCCCAGGAGAUGCUGUCAAAGAUGACCGAGAAGUGCUUCAAGAAGUGCAUCCAGAAGCCGGGCAAGUCGCUGGAUAACACCGAGCAGCGUUGCAUUUCGCAGUGCAUGGACCGCUUCAUGGACGCCUGGAACCUGGUCUCGCGCACCUAUGGCAACCGCCUGCAGCGCGAGCACUUCAAGGGCACCGUGGACAUGGCCGACUGAACCCAUGCCCACGCCCAAAUCGUAUCGUUGAUCCUGUUACUCAUGGAGUCAAAUAAAGACCCAUUAUUGUU